AUGGCGCUCAUCGACAGAGUCCCUGGGGACUUGAACCUGUAUAUCGGUGGCAUGUUCACUCUGCGACGGCGCGAGGCCCUCCAGCAAGCCAAUAUUACGCACGUCUUGUCGGUAUUGCGCACACCACUAGAUCAAGACUUGUUCGGCCCCUUCAAGCACAUGGUGGUGGAGGUCGACGAUGUCGAAGACGAAAAUCUAUUGGAGCAUUUCCCUGCCACAAAUCGCUUCAUACGGGAGGGGCUUAAGGGAGGUGGCGGAGUCUUGGUGCAUUGUGCUAUGGGCAAGUCACGAUCGGCUACCGUCGUCAUCGCUUAUUUGAUGCAAGAGCACAACAUCAGCCCGUCGGAGGCUUUGUCGCACGUUCGGCAAGCGCGAUCCAUCUGCGAACCAAACGAGGGCUUCAUGAAACAACUGGAGCUAUACGGUGAGAUGCAGACACCCGAGAACGUCGAAGAUACCCCGGCCUAUCAACGAUGGGUUUACCAACGGGAAAUCGAGCUGAGCCGCGCGUGUGGCCAAGCUCCAGAAGCUGACAAGAUUCGCUUCGAAGACGAACAUGUCGCCGACGAAUCUUCCGGUUUCGAAUUGAGAUGUCGUAAAUGCAGGCGAGCAUUAGCGACGUCACAAUAUCUACUACCGCAUGGGUCCACCCCAUCUGUCAGCGACCAGAACGCAGAAGCUCAAAAAGCUCCAUCGCAGAACUGUGCCCACUACUUCCUAGAUCCCCUGUCGUGGAUGCGCCCGGAGCUCGAACAAGGCAAGUUGGAAGGGCGUCUGGAGUGUCCAAAAUGCCACACCAACGUAGGCAAGUAUGCCUGGCAGGGGAUGCAGUGUAGUUGUGGAGAGUGGGUCGUCCCCGGUAUCAGCCUUUCCAAAGGUCGAAUCGAUGAAGCAAGGAAAGCAAACUUUGGCAUCCGGCGUCCACCGGGAGCUUCAGGUCCGCCUCCGCUAGGGGCAGUUCAGUCAAAGGAGAACCUAUAA